UCCGUAGUGUCGUUGGCGAUUUACUUCCGCUUCCCGUCCUGCUCCGCUGCACUCCUCAUCCCAGCCAGCAUGGACUGCUGCUUCAAACCCACCUUGUUUCAGUCUUAAUUUGUUUUGAAACCUCGCCGUGUGUCCCCCGGUGUGUUCUCAAGCUCCUCGACGUCAUGUUCACCACCACCGGUUCCCGCGGCCUGUACAAGGCUCCUCUGUCCAAAGGCCUCCUGCUGGUGCUGAGCGGCUUGACGGUGAUGCUCAGCCUGCUGCCGCAGUACCAGCACAUGUUUGAGUACAACCUGCAAGCGGUCAGCCACCAACUGCAGGUGUGGCGGUUGCUGUGCGGCAGGCUGGUGUGUCUGGACGUGAAAGACUCCUUCUGCAGCGGCAUGCUCAUCUACAACUUCCGAAUCUUUGAGAGGAGGUUCGGCUCCAGGAAGUUUGCCGUGAGUACCAAUGAUGAUCAGACUUUGGCGGCAUGUUGCGUUCACAUUAGAUAGC